CGCAGGGCCCGCGCGCGCGCUUCUCUACAGGUCCAGGCACCGGCGCACGGGCUCUAUGGCUGCUGCAUCUGUCUUGUCCACGUUGGCCACUCGGCUGCUCCGGCCCGCGCGGAGUUCCCUCCCUCUCCAUCACACCUUCCACCACUCGGCCCUUCGAAAUGAAGCUGUUGUCAUUUCUGGAAGGAAACUUGCCCAGCAGAUCAAGCAGGAAGUGCAGCAGGAGGUGGAGCAGUGGGUGGCUGCAGGCAACAAACGGCCUCACCUGAGUGUAGUUCUGGUUGGUGAGAAUCCUGCAAGUCACUCCUAUGUCCUCAACAAAGCCAGGGCAGCUGCGGAUGUGGGGAUCACCAGUGAGACCAUUGUGAAGCCAGCUUCAAUUUCAGAAGAGGAGCUAUUGACUUUAAUUAAUAAACUAAAUAAUGAUGAUAAUGUAGAUGGCCUUCUUGUUCAGCUGCCUCUGCCAGAGCACAUUGAUGAGAGGAAGGUUUGCAAUGCUGUUUCACCAGACAAAGAUGUGGAUGGCUUUCAUGUGAUUAACGUAGGGCGAAUGUGUUUGGAUCAAUAUUCCAUGUUACCAGCUACCCCGUGGGGUGUGUGGGAAAUAAUUAAGCGAACUGGCAUUCCAACUUUAGGGAAGAAUGUGGUUGUGGCUGGAAGAUCAAAAAACGUUGGCAUGCCCAUUGCAAUGUUACUGCACACAGAUGGGGCACAUGAACGACCUGGAGGUGAUGCCACAGUUACAAUAUGUCAUCGACACACUCCCAAAGAACAGCUGAAGAAACAUACAAUUCUUGCAGAUAUUGUGGUCUCUGCUGCAGGGAUUCCAAAUCUUAUUACAGCUGAUAUGAUCAAGGAAGGAGCUGCUGUCAUUGAUGUGGGAAUAAACAGAAUUCAAGAUCCUGUGACUGCUAAACCCAAAUUGGUUGGAGAUGUGGAUUUUGAAGGAGUCAAGCAGAAAGCUGGUUAUAUUACUCCGGUCCCUGGAGGUGUGGGUCCUAUGACAGUGGCCAUGCUAAUGAAAAACACCAUUAUCGCUGCAAAAAAAGUGCUGAGGCUGGAAGAAAGGGAAAUACUAAAGCCUAAGGAGCGUGGAGUGGCAACCAAUUAACUGUCCUGUCUUCUGCCUGGUGAACAACACUCUAAGGCAACGGAGAAGCAGAGCAGUUGAAUAGAAAUGCAAUAUUUUUAUUUAUUCUACUGAAAUGUUUUAAAAUAAUGCUUUGUAUUUAUUGAGAGCUUAAGAGGGGGUGUUUGCACACAUAGCUCUGCCAUACCUCACCCAGAGGCCACCAGUAUUGUGCUGGCUCAUCAUCUUUCCAGAGAAGCCAGAAACCUAGGGAUUCACAUGGGACAACAUAGUCAAUCAUGCCACCAGCGGAACCGUAAUGGUGUCUGUCACUUCCAUUCAAAUUAGCCUUUCUAGGGUUGCAUUUCCCAAGUGCUAUUUUAAUCAAAGUUGAUACUCACUUUAGGUGUUAAGCCUUUUGAGCUCAACUGAUCAAACCAAAGGAAAAAAGUUGUAAGAGAAAAUUAGGGGAAAGAACCAAUGGUAAUUGAGUAGGAAAAGUUCACCCUAAUUUAUAUAACCAGAAGAUAUGCUGUAUGUCAGUAAUGUCCUAAGUUAUCAUUUUGUAGUUUAGCUCUUGGAAAGAUGUAUGGGGUUGUUUUAUUUGGUUUUGUGUUUCUUACAUUUGUUAGAUCUCCUCAUUUCAGUUUUCUAGGAUUGGAAGACUUAUUUUAUAAAUUAUGUGUGUGCAUUGUCAUAUUUAGCUUUCCUUCUGUCUUCAGACUUCAUUUUUGUACUGGUAACUAUCUGGUUUUUUUUUUGUUUGUUUGUUUGUUUGUUUUGGAAACCUACUUUUGAAAAACAAAACAUGGGCCUGAUAAUCAUUGAGGCAGCUUGGCUAAGUAUGCGACUCACUUUUCCACCAAAGACCUGUCAGCAGCUGCUUGCUUUUCUCUUAUGCACCUGUUGGCUUUCCCUCAACUGGUUUUUGAGAGCUUAAGUUAAUACUGAAUUUAAUCAGAUUUUCUGGUUAAAGGUUUUUUUUUUGGCUUUUGUUUAUU